AGUCAGUACAAUGAAGACAUUCAAGACAUUAAAACUGAAAAUUCGACAAUUUUCAAUAAAAUAUUUUAUAAUUUUAAUUCCAAUAUUUGGAAUAAUUGCUUUAAUUGCUCUAAGUGCCUUACUAAACCUCACAAGUGACAAAAGUAUCAAAAUAUCAACAAAAAAUGCUCAAAAAAGCUGUCGCGAUUGGAACAAUUAUGAGCAAAUUUACAAAGAAAUGAUCAGAAAAGGACCGGGAGAGAAUGGAACUGCCGUAAUUCUCACAGAUGAUAAUGAACUUGCUCUUAAUAAGAAAUUAUUCUCAGCGACUGGAUUUGGUGUUGUUGUGUCCGACAGAAUUAGCGUCAAUCGGUCAAUUAAAGACACAAGACAUCCAAAUUGUCAGAAGUAUUUGUACCCAGAGGAACUGCCGAAUGUUUCAAUCAUCAUAAUCUUUUACAAUGAAGUCUUUAGCGUCUUGCAGAGGACAUUGCAUUCAAUUGUUAACAGAACUCCACCGGAACUGCUGCAUGAGAUUAUUUUGGUCAAUGACAUGAGUUCUAAUUCUGAACUUUAUGAUCCACUUGAGGAUUAUGUGUUGGACAACUUCCCAAACACGACAAUAAGGAUUAAGAAUCUUCUGGAAAGAAAGGGAUUGAUUGUGACUAGGCUGGAAGGUGCUGAGAUUGCGACUGGAGAGGUUCUUGUAUUUUUUGAUUCUCAUACAGAAGUCAAUGUCAACUGGCUGCCUCCACUUUUGACACCAAUCAAAGCUAACAGAAGGCUGGCUACAAAUCCAACAAUUGAUUACUUUUCACCAGAAACAUUUAAGGUUGAUGGAGCUCCACACUACAGCGAUCGAGGUGCUUUUGACUGGGAACUGAUAUGGCAUCAACUUAGCAGAAAAGUCCCUGAUGGAUACAACAAGCUAAAGCCAUAUCCCAAUCCAAUAAUGCUUGGCUGUGCUUUUGCGAUUGACAGGAAAUUCUUUAUGGAGGAACUUGAUGGAUAUGACAGGGAUUUUAGGAUAUGGAAUGCUGAAAACUAUGAACUAAGCUUUAAACUAUGGCUCUGUGCUGACGGGCUCUAUGAAGUUCCAUGCAGCCGCAUCACACACACAUUCCGGACAUUAAAUCCAUCACGAUCAAAUGUUCCUUACGAUUACUUAGGCAGGAACUUUAAACGACUUGUUGAGGUCUGGUUUGAUGACCACAAAGAUGUUGUUUAUGACAGGAACCGCGAGAGGUACGAUAAAAUUGAUCCUGGAGACUUAAAUCGUCCUAAAUCUGUUCGAGCGAGGCUGAAUUGCAAAAAUUUCAAAUAUUUCUUAGACUAUGUCAUACCUGAGCUUAUCAUGAAGUAUCCAAUUGACAAAAAGGUUCCAGUAUUUGCAUCUGGACAGAUCAAGUCAAUGCUGAAUGUCAGUUACUGCAUGGAUUUUGUAAAAGGACAAAACAAUGAAACAGCAAGGCUGAAAAACUGUAAAGAAGGUGACAUCCCAGAAUCUCAGUAUUUCCGAAUGACUUUUCAUAAAAAUAUAGUUUUUGGACACACUGAACUGUGCCUUGAUGCUUAUAACAUAAACUUUCUAGAAUGUCACUACACGGAAUUUGGAAAUCAAUUCUGGAGGUUCAACUUAAAAAGCAACAUGAUUAAUAAUGGAUCAGAUGACAAUAAAAGCUGCUUAACUGCUGAUUUUGAGGAACACAAACUUUACAUGAAGACCUGCAAUGUCAGUGACAUAAACCAGAAAUGGAAAUUUUCUUAUCAAAAUUCAACAGCAUUAAAUGACUGGGAGAACAUUUAUGGAUAUGAAAAAUAUUUUUAUGCUGGUCAGGAGAUAAAUUGGAAUUCUAUGCUGCCAUUAGAGUAUGAUGAGGAAUGUUCUAUGGAUUAAAAUGUCAAAUAAUCUCAAAAAUUCAAUAAAAAUUCAAAUUUUCUAAUUUUAAGCAAUUUUAUUUUAAAACUUCAACCAUUUCAGUGCUUCUUUGGUAGACUUAAUAAUGAUGUCCAUAGCUAUGUUCAUGAUGAGCAUGUCCAAUACGUUCAACAUGAGCAGUAAAUCCAGUCUUAUCAUCAGCAUGAUACUUGACAACACGUUUAGUUCCAUCAGCUUCAUCCAAUGUGUAUUCACCCUUAACAACAUCUCCAUCACGAUGCUCCCAUUGACUCUUGUGGUCAUGUGUGUGUGGAUCAUUAACUCCAUAUUCGAAUUUGUAUGAUGGAUGAUGAUAAUAAUCCUUGCCUUCAUGAUGAUCGUCAUGAUGAUGAACUGCAACUACUGGAACUGCAUGAUGAACAAUUGGUGCUACAUGAUGAUGAUGAACUUUGACUUCGUAAGCAUGUCCGGCAUCAUGAUAAGCACAAGCAGCUCCGAAAAGUACAAAAACUACGAAAAUUGACUUCAUUUUUGAGACUGAAUUGAUUGUUUGCUGUUGAAUGUUUUAAUUGGAACUGAUGC